CCAUAAAGUUCUAGGUAUACGCCCAGUGAUUUGAUGGGAAAAAAGCAACUUGGGAAGAUUGGAAUUCGCAGAAGAGGCAUUUUUAGGCAUUGUACUGGGUUAAGGUAGAAGAGGCAAGAAUCAGCAGAAGAAAAGUUUCCUUACAAAACUAGUUACAGAUAUGGAAGGUGCCAUUAAAACAGUUGUUACGCAGUUCCUGUCCUCAGCACGGGGAAAAGAGAGCCUGGGUGGGAAGAACUUCCAAAAGUUAGUCCAGAGUCAGCUGGGAAACAUCCUGAGUGACACUGACAGUUCUUCAGCAGUGAAGGACAUGAUGAAAGGCCUGGAUGACAACCAGGACGGGAAGGUCAGCUUCCAGGAGUACCUGACGCUGGUGGGCUACCUGGCCAACUCACUAAGUGAGCAGAAAGCACAGAGCAGCACAGCCGGUGGACCAUAAGAAACCCAAAAAGCAUUGAUGACACUAACAAUCAUUUGUAAUGCUGGGUUCUUAUACCAGUAAUGAGAGACUGGGGCUAGUUUUUACAUUUUUUACUUAUUAAAAACAAAAAGCACACUGUAUUAAUAAAUUGUGUAAAAUUACCCUAAAUUUGCAUAGAUAACAAAACACAACUCCUUGGCCCUUGUGACUUCCUGUUGUAACGACUAGCCCAGGUCUCCAUUGCAAUUUAAAACCUGCAAUGAUCUAAAAACACUUUUAAAGUCUCUGAUAUUACAAUGAAAUUAUAAAUCUGUUUACAUGUACUCGCAUUAAUGAAUUUGUAAAACAAUGUCUGACCCGUGGCCAUGUACAAGUGCUAAAUCAAAUAACUUUAUGUUACAUAAGUGUUUGCUUUUUUUUUUGCUCUUUUUGAUUUACAUAUAAACAGGUUUUUAUUUCUAAGCUCACAUGUUUUUAUAUACGGUUUAAUUGUUUUACUGGGAACAAAAUAUGCUUGAUUAGUGCUUAAAACAAGGUAUAACUGAAGAAAGCAAGCCAUCAAAUAUACUAAAAACAGAGUCAAUGUCAGUGUUAUAGAUUUGUCAGAUUUGCCUAUAUAAAAAAAGUGAAAUUUCACACAACUGGAGAAAUGUUUUUGUAUAACCUUUCAAUUAAAAUAUGGAAAUAAUGACAAAA